UCAGAGGCGGCCGCCUGCCUUACCGUGUGUGACAUUCUCUGUCUCUUUGCCAAAGGGGGUUUGGAGGAAGACACAAAGUAGUUUCUCCUCCUUUUCACCCAGCCCGCCAUCGUUUUUGGAGACACGAGAUUAAUAAUUGAGCAUUUAUUUAUUGCGAUAGAGAAAGAGAGAGAGAGAGAGAGAGAGAGACGGCCGAGGAGAGCGAACGCACUGAGAGGCUGCCAGUUUAAAUCUAUCUGUGGCUUGAACGACAGGGAAGCUCGCCACAGCCGCUCCGUAGUAGUAAAGAUUUUUUUUUUUGGGCUACUCCAAAACACACACACUUGCACAUCCGUGAGAGCAGAUAACUACAUCUCAUCCCCCCUUUUUUUCGGCGCAGAACAUGAAUAAGCUGUACAUUGGCAACGUGAGCGCUGAGGCCACCGAGGAGGACUUCGAAACUAUCUUUGAGCAGUGGAAGAUUCCGCACAGUGGUCCGUUUCUGGUCAAAACUGGCUAUGCGUUUGUGGAUUGCCCGGACGAGAAAGCUGCGAUGAAGGCCAUCGAUGUUCUUUCAGGUAAAGUUGAACUACAUGGGAAAGUUCUGGAAGUGGAGCACUCUGUCCCUAAACGUCAACGGAGCUGUAAGCUGCAGAUCAGGAACAUCCCGCCUCACAUGCAGUGGGAGGUUUUGGAUGGUAUGCUUGCUCAGUAUGGUACAGUAGAGAGCUGUGAACAAGUAAACACUGACACAGACACUGCAGUAGUCAACGUUCGAUAUGCAGCCAAGGACCAGGCCAGGCUUGCAAUGGAGAAGCUGAACGGAUCUAUGAUGGAGAACUACGCCCUGAAAGUCUCGUACAUCCCAGAUGAGACUGCUGCAGCGGAGGGUCCUUCAGGGGGAGGCAGGAGAGGCUUUGUCCCCCGUGGAUCGUCUCGUUCCGGCUCUCCAAGUAUGGGCGCCCGGCCCAAAAUGCAGUCGGACAUCCCGCUGCGCAUGCUGGUUCCCACGCAGUUUGUGGGGGCAAUUAUCGGCAAGGAAGGUGCCACCAUCCGCAACAUCACCAAACAGACACACUCAAAGAUUGACAUCCAUAGGAAAGAAAAUGCAGGUGCAGCAGAGAAGCCCAUCACAAUUCACUCCACCCCUGAAGGUUGUUCGAACGCUUGUACAACAAUCAUGGAGAUCAUGCAGAAGGAAGCCCUCGACACAAAGUUCACUGAGGAGAUCCCACUGAAGAUACUUGCACACAACAACUUUGUAGGAAGGUUGAUUGGAAAGGAAGGACGCAACCUGAAGAAAAUCGAGCAGGACACGGGGACCAAGAUCACAAUCUCAGCUCUCCAGGACUUGACUGUGUACAACCCAGAGCGGACCAUCACAGUGAAGGGCUCCAUCGAGGCAUGUGCAAGAGCCGAGGAAGAGCUGAUGAAGAAGAUCAGGGAAUCGUAUGAGAGCGACAUGGCUGCUAUGAAUCUCCAGUCCAACCUGAUUCCAGGCUUGAAUCUGAACGCUUUGGGUUUGUUCCCCAGUGGAACACCAGGCAUGGGUCCCUCCAUGUCCAAUAUGCCACCUCCGGGAGCCCACGGUGGGUGCUCAUCAUUUGGAGGACACCAAGAGUCGGAGACGGUUCACCUGUACAUCCCUGCUCUCGCGGUUGGAGCCAUCAUUGGAAAACAGGGUCAACACAUCAAACAGCUGUCACACUUUGCCGGAGCCUCAAUCAAGAUUGCCCCUGCAGAAGAAGUGGGUUCCACACCACAGAGAAGGGUGACCAUCGCUGGACCGCCAGAGGCUCAGUUUAAGGCUCAGUGUCGCAUCUUUGGCAAGCUGAAGGAAGAGAAUUUCUUUGGACCCAAGGAAGAGGUGAAGCUUGAGGCUCAAAUCAAGGUUCCUUCCUUUGCUGCUGGACGAGUCAUCGGGAAAGGUGGAAAAACGGUAACUGAUCUGCAGAACCUGACCUGUGCAGAGGUGGUGGUGCCCAGGGACCAGACGCCUGAUGAGAAUGACCAGGUCGUAGUCAAGAUCAGUGGACACUUCUUUGCUUGCCAGCUGGCUCAGAGAAAGAUCCAGGAGAUCCUGGCCCAGGUGAAGAGGCAGCAGCAGCCUAAACCCUCAUCUGGAGGCCAACCUCCGCAGCCCCGCAGGAAGUAAAGCUCCGGACCUGGAGGAAUGGUGACUGAAUCUGCCAGAAGACUCAACAGAUGGACAGAUGCAGAAGAGUCCAGGGGGAGAAGAGGAAGACGAGGAGUCGUAACGCUCAUCUCAGGGGGUCAAAGGUUAUCAGAUCCCACCAAACAUCCACCCCUCCUCGUCUUACUUGAUGAACAUUCAAGUGUGGCUAAAAAGAGAUCCUACGCCAUCUAAACCUCCACCCACCUCAACUCUCUGCAUCUCUGUGAGAAUGUACUUCUGAGGGCUCCCAACUACGUCACCUGCCCUCACAUGUACGCACCCCUCGACCGCUCUCCUCCUCCCCCCACGGGUGUGUUCAAUUCUUUUUUUUUUUUUGGGUCCUCUUUUUACACUACAAUCACACAGAAGAAAUAAGGAUCCCCCUCCUAUUGCCUCCUUGGUGUGGUACUUCAAACCUGACAGGAUGUUUUGGUUGACUUCAGAUUUUUUUUUUUUUUUUUUUUUUUUUUUUUUCUUUCAGUGUUUAAUUGGUUGAUGAAGCUUUCUCAUGAAUUUUCUGUGGAAAGGAAAAGGCAUUGCUAUGAAGGUCCUGGUUGGACCAACAGAGGUUUAUUUUGGGGGAGGGUUGGCUCAGAAUGGGUGGGCCAUGUUUAGGGGAAAGAUUCUUGUUUCAGGACAGGACCCCUAAAAGGGUGGAUUAUAUUGGGCGUCCUGCCCUUGUAAUGAUAGUGGCAUUUUAUAAAUUUGGAUGCAUUUUAUAGAUAGACCUAUAUACAUAGAUGAAUAUAUAUUUAGAGGUGAGGGCAGCGCCACGACUGACACUUUGGGAAACGGUGCCGAAACUGCUGCUGCCCAGGAAAACCAAUUUAAUAUGCAUUUUACUUAACUACCUCAGGAUCUAGUACCUCAGAAGAGAAAAGAAAAUGAUUAUAUAUAUAUGAAAAAAAAUGUUCCUUUCUUUUUUAUUUUGCUUUUGUGGUAUUUUGUAUACUUUAUAAAGCUGAUAGUCUUUGAACAUUUUUAUUUUUUUAAGAAAAUUUAAAAUUUGGUCAGCUGCCAACUGACCUUGCCUUCAACUCGGGUGCUUUAGGUGGCAUUGUUCAUGUGUAUGUGUGACUUAAGAUGACCCUGUACAUAAAGUCUAUUUGUACAUAGAAGCCCCGGAGCAAGAGUUGGCGCCCACUCAGCUGGCGGCUGACAGGAGUAUCAAGAGAAAAUUGCCUCAGUUUUUUCCCCUGAGGGUCCACCAUCUUCUGAAAAUAAGUACAAAACAUCUAAGACAUGCAAGUAAUGCCAACCGUACAUAAUUACAGCAAUGCCAUUUAGUUUUGGGAUUGACAUUGUUAUUGGUAAUGGUACUUUAAUUUGUCAAACAAAUCCUUUUUUUUUUUCUUUUUUUUUUUUUUUGGCCUUCCUAGGAGGGCCGUGGUCAGGGCAGUGCAGUGUGGACUGUAUUGGUCCUCUCUCUAGCUGCCCUUCAGUCAGCAGUGUCUUUUUUUUUUUUUUUUUUUUUUUUUUUUUUUUUUUUGUCUGUUGUGUUCGCAGGCCAUCUGCCACCUCCUUGACGAUGGUGUCUUAGCAAAGGUCCAAGCCCGACUAGGUUUAUUUUCAUAGAGCAAGCUUUGUCAGUUCGGAGUGGCCCUUGUAGCCAGGCCAUUAAGUCAAUGUUAACGUCGUUCACUGCUUGGUGAGGGUAGGGGGAGUCACACUGAUAGACGCAUAACUUUUAAAACUUUUUUUUGUUUGUUUUUUGAGCUAUGAGAAAAUGAUUUAAACAAAACAUUCUCUGUAACCCACAAAUGUAACUUGAUACUUUGUUCAAACACGGAAAAACAAGGCACACAAAAUACCGACUGAACCCUGACCUGGGGGAGUAAGAAAAGAGGAAAGGAAUCCAAAACUUAAAUCUCCAAUUUAUAUCAUUUGUCUCUUCAUGCCGAAUGUAAAUAUGUUGAUUGUGGUAAAUCUCGAGUGUACCCAUGCUUCCACAGUAGAACGCCGUCUACCUCAGCUGAGGGGGUGGGGUUUGUUGUGGCACGAGGCCCCCACCCUGCCCCCACUGAGCGCCAGCGCGCAUUGAUACCUCAGUCCCCCGAACAUUUCUUUCUAUAUUGGCGCGCCAUCCUAACACCGCGCUUUACUGAGGGGCACAAGUGAUACUUAAACAUAUCCCUGACACCUCCCAACUCCCUGCUUCCUUCCUGCCAAACCACCCUCUCCACCCCUUUCCCCUCCUCCGCAGUUUGUUUUGAUCUACCUCUUUAGACAUGUAUUUGAAGUAGAGGCAUUCUUCUAUUUGUUAGAAUUUAGCCCCCCGACCCCCUCCUUUAUGGCUCCCCAUGCUUCCCCAGAUAUGAAUGAAAACUUAAACUUAAAUCAUGUACUCCUUAGAAUUGAGAAAAUAAUCGAAAGUGAUCAAAAAUAUUUUCUUUUGUCAGUGUUUAUAUGUACUCUUUUUGGCUCAAUUGAAAUCCUCAACCGAUGGUUAUUUCUUUCUGCUUUCUAUUUUUGGUGGUGUGGCUUUCAUGUAUUUGAACUUUUGCUUGGGUUUUUUUUGUGAAAAAAGGUCAAAUCACGUGUUUGAUUUUGCAUUCAAUAGUUAAAAUGAGAAAAUACAGUUUAAAAAAAAAAAAAAAAAAAAAAAAAAAAAGGGCCUGCCUUUUUGUUGCUGAUUUGAAAGACUUCAAAAUAGAUACAAGUCCUGUCCUUUUUUCCCUUUUGUCUUUCACAGUUGCUACACUCACUCGCUGAUUCAGUAGCUGUUUUCUUCUGUUAGCAUUUCUUGGCUGUGUAACGUGGAACAUCUUGGUGUGAGACAGAUAUGAGGGACUGGGUCUCUGAGUUUUUUUGGAAAAGUGAUCUAAUUUUCAGCAUGAUAUUCCCUUCACCCCCUUUCUGCAACCAUGCUUGUGCCCCUUCACCUCCCCUUCACACACAGCUCCACUUGUCAAAUGCCU